AUGUCUUAAUUAGUGAUAUUUUAAUGAUAGGACUGCCAAAAUACUCAUUUUCAGGGUAAUCUAAGUUUAUACUACAUCAAUGAGUAAUCCUCAACUGAGUAAGUGCCAUUACAAUAUAGUAGUGCUCUAUAUAAUUUCCAACACAUUUUAAUUAUGAUUAUUUAGAAGGUCCAUGAUCUCAAAAAAUAAUAGUUCUGUAUUGCAGAAGAGAUUGCAUUAAGAACUAUAUUUGAAGUAACAAAUUGUUUGAUCAAUUCAAAGUUACAAUCCAACCACUUACUUUCUAAUUACAUUUCAAUUAUUUAAAAUUCCCAAUCAAUCUCUGUCAGAAUAGAGAGUAUAGAAAUUAUGCCCCACUCUAUUCAUUAUAAUUAAUCUCCUGGUGUUCUUGCUCAUGCUCAACAGAUUUGGGAUGCCUGA